AUGGACGAGCAGGAGGCAUUGAACUCGAUCAUGAAGGACCUGGUGGCCCUCCAGAUGAGCCGACGUCCCCGGGUGCCUGGAUAUGAGACCAUGAAGAGCAAAGACACGGGUCACCCAAAUAGGCAGAGUGACGUCAGAAUCAAGUUUGAGCACAAUGGGGAGAGGCGAAUUAUAGCAUUCAGCCGGCCUGUGAGAUACGAAGAUGUGGAGCACAAGGUGACAGCAGUGUUUGGGCAGCCUCUGGAUCUACAUUACAUGAACAAUGAGCUCUCCAUCCUGCUGAAGAAUCAAGAUGAUCUUGACAAAGCAAUUGACAUUUUGGAUAGAAGCUCAAGCAUGAAGAGUCUUAGAAUAUUGUUGCUGUCCCAGGACAGAAACCAUACCAGCUCCUCUCCCCACUCCGGGGUGUCCAGGCAAGUGCGAAUCAAAGCCUCCCAGUCUGCGGGAGAUGUGAAUACCAUCUACCAGCCCCCUGAGUCCAGGAGCAGGCACCUCUCUGUCAGCUCCCAGAACCCUGGCCGAAGCUCGCCUCCCCCUGGCUAUGUGCCCGAGCGGCAGCAGCGCAUCGCCCGGCAGGGCUCCUACACCAGCAUCAACAGCGAGGGCGAGUUCAUACCGGAGACCAGCGAGCAGUGCAUGCUGGAUCCUCUGAGCAGUGCUGAAAACUCCUUGUCAGGAAGCUGCCAGUCCUUGGACAGGUCAGCAGACAGCCCAUCCUUCCGGAAAUCACGAAUGUCCCGAGCCCAGAGCUUCCCAGACAACAGACAGGAAUUCUCGGAUCGGGAAACUCAGCUCUAUGACAAAGGGGUCAAAGGUGGAACCUACCCCCGGCGCUACCACGUGUCCGUGCACCACAAGGACUACAGUGACGGUGAAAGAACAUUUCCCCGAAUACGGCGUCAUCAAGGCAACCUGUUCACCCUGGUGCCCUCUAGCCGCUCCCUGAGCACAAACGGCGAGAACAUGGGCCUGGCAGUGCAGUACCUGGACCCCCGAGGGCGCCUGCGGAGCGCCGACAGCGAGAACGCCCUCUCUGUGCAGGAGAGGAGUGUGCCCACCAAGUCUCCCAGUGCCCCUGUUAAUUGGCGCCGGGGGAAGCUCCUAGGCCAGGGUGCCUUUGGCAGGGUCUAUUUGUGCUAUGACGUGGACACAGGACGAGAACUUGCUUCCAAGCAGGUGCAGUUUGACCCAGACAGUCCUGAGACAAGCAAGGAGGUGAGUGCUCUGGAAUGCGAGAUCCAGUUGCUGAAGAAUUUGCAGCAUGAGCGCAUAGUGCAGUACUAUGGCUGCCUGCGGGACCGCGCCGAGAAGACUCUGACCAUCUUCAUGGAGUACAUGCCAGGGGGUUCAGUGAAAGACCAGCUGAAGGCCUACGGUGCUCUGACAGAGAGCGUGACCCGGAAGUACACCCGGCAGAUACUGGAAGGCAUGUCCUACUUGCACAGCAACAUGAUUGUUCACCGGGACAUCAAGGGAGCCAACAUCCUGCGAGACUCUGCUGGAAAUGUGAAGCUGGGGGACUUUGGGGCCAGCAAGCGCCUGCAAACCAUUUGCAUGUCUGGCACGGGCAUGCGCUCAGUCACUGGCACUCCCUACUGGAUGAGCCCCGAGGUGAUCAGCGGUGAGGGCUAUGGAAGGAAGGCAGACGUGUGGAGCCUGGGCUGCACGGUGGUGGAGAUGCUGACAGAGAAACCACCUUGGGCAGAGUAUGAAGCUAUGGCCGCCAUUUUCAAGAUCGCCACCCAGCCCACCAACCCUCAGCUGCCCUCCCACAUCUCUGAACACGGCCGGGACUUCCUGAGGCGCAUUUUUGUGGAGGCCCGCCAGAGACCUUCGGCCGAGGAGCUGCUCACACACCACUUUGCACAGCUUGUGUACUGA